CUGGGAUGUCCAGGGGAGACUGACAACAACUUCCCGCCUCGAAUCACCCAUGCAGGCCAACCAGACAGUCCAGGGCCAGGCCGCCCAGGCUGACUUUGGGAGUUGGACCUUCACCUCUUUGGACAAAGACCGCAUCUGCAUCUACGUCUGCACCCGUCCAUGUCCAUUCGCCCAUCCAUCCAUCCAUCCAUCCAUCCAUUUGUGCCGUCACCCCUUGUCUGCCUGACCGACUUGACUGCGCGACAUCACUCGACAUCACUCGACAUCGCCGUCGCACCCACUUUCUCCACGCAACACCGGCGACGACCUCGUCGCGCACAGAUACCAGACACCGUCGCAGUCGCAGCCCGACUCCUCCCAUCGUGAUUCGUCAUGGCGCAACCACAUCCCACCCUCAUCAACAUCCCCCAGCCGCCCUCCAACCCGGACACGCCCUCAGAGAUGCCCGGCACUCCCACCUCGACGACAACCUCCCUCUCGGCCCUCUCCACCACCGCCAUCAGGGACGGCCACCGCGGUCACGCCACUGCCACAACCCACCACCCCGGCCACCAGCAGCAUUCCUCCCAGGGCAGCCUCGAGGCCGAGCGCGCCGACCGCAUCUCGCGCCUCGCCGGCCUCUCCAAUGUCAAUCAGCUGCGCUCUCCUCCCAGCGCCGGCUCCGCCGCCCCCGCCCGCAACAGCAACAGCCCUCAGACCACCCCUACCUCCGCCGUCUUCCCACAUACCACCCACCGCCCCAUCGCGCCCCUGAUCCAGGGUGCCCCGGCCUAUUUCGACUCCAACGGACAGCCGGUCGCCGUGACCAAGAUGUCUACGUCCGGCACUGCCUCGGCGACCGAGAGUGACAUCGACAUGAUGAGCACAGAUACCAACUUUGCGCGUGACACGGAGGUCGACUCGGCUAGCGGCUACGUGGGCACCGGUCACAACGAGCAGCCGGACAUGGACGUCGACGAGGACUUGACCAGCCGCAGCGUCGGCCAGGCCGAGCAGGACGACAACAUGAGCGACGACGGCUCCGCCAGCCUGGUCGGGUUUGGCGAGGGCGCCAACAGCACCAUAUCCGGCCCCAUCUACGUGCGGCGGCCCCUGCCCGGCAUGGAAGGCCUGCAGAGGAGCAGCUCUGGCCUGAGCGAGGGGGCGAUGCUGGCCGCGAGGCAGCAGAGGCUGGACCGCGAGGACGCCAGCGCCUCAACCGAGAGGAGGGACGCGCGCUUCAUCGACGGCGUGGCGUCAGAUGCCACACCAGGCGGCGCCGACGAGGACGCGUUCGUGGACACGACCAACAGCGGGCCCGUCCCCGUGUCCGGCCCGGGCUAUACCAGCUCCCUGCGCGAGACCCAGCACGGCGCCCACACCCGGCACCACCUGCACCACCAGCAGGCGCCUACGGCCCGCGAGGCUGCGGAGAGGGCGAUGCGCGAGCGCGGGCUGGACCCGAGCCAGCGGGGUGGAGGCUCUGCGGCCAGCAGCCCCAGCAAGAAGCUGGCUUUCGAGGACCAGAAGUGAUGCAAACGGGGCAAAGGAUAACGCUCCUGUACUCUUGUACGUGCCGGCUUGUCCUCACCAGCACCUGUUAUUCCUGAUCUGGUGUCGCCCCAGCAGCCGGCCUUGCAAGGCUGCGCCAGACAAGUCCUGCGGGAGGGCAGGUCUACUGUAUGAUGGUUGAAAGGCUCGGUCAUUCUACCUUUGGGAAGCCCGUAUGCUGGGGGCGCGGGCUGAAGAUUGCCAUUCUUUCAAGUCACCCCGAGGGUGGAGGCUGACAGUGUGUGUGUGCUUUGUUCUCUCAAUCGGCGUACCGGGCGAACUUUGGAGUCAUUUGGACAGGGAGAGAGAGAUAUCACAUACUGGCUUAGCGAAAAUUGACCAAGAUAUACAUGGUCUUUGAUGAAUAAAAUGAGCUGUACCAUCAUAUGGGUGUCCAGGUGGACCAAGUCCUGCAUCAAACGCCUGGCGGGUACAGCUGUGUUGCAGUUGAGCCUCAGAUUCCCUGUUUUGGUGUCAUCCGCCUCACUUGAACCAUGCCACGAGAACAUGGAAUUCUCGGCACCUAUUCAUUCCGAGUGAGUCAUUCAAACAGCACCAGCCAAACUGUUGGCGAUGCCUCCUAUUCGUGUGCUAUUGUGACCGAUAUUUCUACACGCUGGAAAAUUGUUCCUGGCACUCAUGCCGCGGAAACAGACUCAAAGGAUGCCCUGAGCAUGCCAGUGACCUCAAAAGAUCUGUACGGGCUGCCGCAUGAAUGCGUUUAGAAGGGCCCCA